CUCAAACACACAUCCAGAACGAGUUGUACUGUAUUUCAAUGCAAUGAUACUUCGCUUUUCCUUCUUUUUCUAGACUCUUCUAUUUUACCUGUCAUCUUAGCAAGCCAAGUUCUCUUCCAACAUUCACAAAGCCGCACGGCAACACCUGCCAGGAACCUCCCUCAUCUCAACCCAACCCCACCUCAUCUUGACCCCAGCCUUGCCAGGAGUCGAAUAUGGCUUCCCACGUCGUGGUGAUUGACUCGAGUCUCCGACGUGCAACGAUCAAAACCACCCCGACGAAACCAUUAAGUGAAGUCUUGGAAGAAGCAUGUACAAAACUGAAUCUCUCUCCAACCCAGUAUGGUCUCAAACACAGCAAUAAACAGGUCGACCUCUCUAGAACGAUCAGACUCGCUGGGCUUUCUUCCGGCGCUAAAUUGGAACUCGUCCAACUCUCCAAAUCAGCCGGUGUCGUCUCCAUAGCUCUACAAGUGCCCGAUUCAGAAGCGACGGGGAUACCUAAUGGAAGAUUGACGGACAAGUUUCCCAGUGACACAACGUUAUGGAAAGUGCUCAGAAAGUUUGAAGAGGGAGGUGGUUCUCGAAACUUCACUGCAAGAGGAAUCCCUUCAACAACCCAGAGUGGUGCUGGGAGGCUAUACUAUGAACAACCGGUGGUCCAGGUCAUGAACCGAGAGCUAUCCUCGCUGACUGAUUUGCAAAAGACCCUGGCCCAGCUUGGUUUCAACAGCGGCUCUGCAUUGCUAAGGCUUAGUUUCCGUGCAACCGAAACACCAUUAGAAGAGGCUAUGCUCCAGAUUCGGGGAUAUUUUGAAUCGGUAGAAGGCCCUCCCUCUGAAACCAACCCGGACACAACCCCUGUGCGAGAUGAAUCUUCAGUUGCCGUCAACCAACCGAUAUUUACACCGGAGCCUGAGUCAUCAAUUGCUCACGCACAAUCUCAUCAAGAGACCCAACCUGCUGCCCCAUCACAGCCUCAACCAGAGCAGAUAACAAAUACUACAAGUCGCCCAGUCUCCGUCUUCAGACCGCCAAGCUCGUCAACACCGGCUGCCGCUCGCCAACUCCACAACGAUUCAGAUUACACACCUACGGUUGAGCAUGCACAUGUGCACCAAAAGCUGCUGCAGCAGAAUAGUAGAAACACAAGAUUACUUACCGACGCCCAAUUGGCCGCGCAGGAACAGGAAGAGGCCGCAAAGUGGGCUGCGGUGAAGGACGUCGAGAUCAAGAUCCGUUUUCCAGAUCAAAGCGCAGCAAGUACGAAAUUUGGUCAACUCGACACGGCAGCAGAUCUAUACAAGUUCGUCAGAGAGUGCUUGGCUGCGCGGUGGAGAUCGGAACCGUUCAUCCUGAGAAAUCCUGGUAUCCGAGGCAAGAAUGAACUGAUACCGGACGAUUCGAGUAAGAAGCUUAUCAGCGAUCUUCUUCUCAGAGGUCGGGUACUGGUCAACUUUGGUUGGGAUGACAACAAAGCUAGUGUGGAAGCGAGAAGCACCAAGUCAGUAUUACGAGAAGAGUUGCAAUCUCAGGCUCAAGAGCUGAGAGUGCUAGACAUUCCUGGCGUUGUAGAUGACGACAGGGAUCCAGGAACAAAGGUGAAUGUGGGUAAAAAGGACACGAAAUCUGAAGAAGGGGGAGGAAGCAAGGCUAAGAUGCCAAAGUGGUUGAAGGGAUUGAGCAAGAAAUAGAUGGAACCAAGUACUCUGUACCUUGAAGGAUUUUGGGGUUUCGAGAUUUGACUCAGCGAGGCAUGGCAUAUUAGGUAGUGUAGCGUUUAGCGUGAACAUGAUAUGGAAUGUCUCUUCACAUUUGACAUUCCAAAGUCGU